AUGAGAAAAGAAGUAAUUCAAAUAACUCCCCUUUCGCCAUCAAAACUGUAUCCACUUGCUCGGGGGUCGAUUCUCGUUCCAUUUGCGAUAUACAAUAUUCCAACUGGGGUUGAACCAUAUAUUCUUCCUCAAGAAGAUGAACUCAAAGAAUCAAUCGAAUCUUUGAAAGAUGCUAA